AUGGCUCGCGGCGACCAUCAAGACGACGAUGAUGAUUUCAUGGAGUUACCGCAGCAGAAUCGCGCAACUGGACAGACAAAAGAUGGCGAUGAGAAGAAGAAACAUUAUCGCAAUAGGGCUUCACAGGAACGCCUGACUAUAAUGACCGAGGGAUUUACCGAUGAUCAGAAGGGAGUUGCUGCUGAGAUGGGGAUGCAGGCUCUCAUGGACGUUCGGUGCAAGAACCUAGUGAACCCUGCCAAGCUGAAAGAUGUGAAGAACAUGAAUUGUUGUAAGUUCAUCGCGGACUUCCUGCAUGAUGCAUUCUCAAACAAGAUGUACCAGAAGGGUUGUCGACUCCAUUUAAUGCUGAUGUACGUCGAUCGUCUUGAUCUGUCCACCAUUGACUUUACUGGGAUAGGAGGUCCGCCACCUCCACAUAAGUUUGCUGUCUCUGCGUGGACGUACAAUGCUGUCAAGGCUGUGCUUGCCACAGACAAGAUGACUGAUAAGAAAUAUGGGAAACUACAUGCAAGGGCACCUGUUGAGCAUCUAAUUGGGAAGUUUGCUUCCGGAAUGACCGGCUUGCUCAGGAAGUUGGUUGAGGUUUGGACGUCCCUUAAUGGCUCUGACAGCGACGCGGUUGCGAGGCAGUUCACUCCAUUUGUUGCAGAACGGACACAUCGGCCAACUGGUUGCCGUGGCCGAUACGACUACAACAACUCCCAGGAGCUUCCUGACACGCAAGAUGAACUAGAUGGAGAUGCUGCUCUCGACAAGGAUGAUGAUAAUGACAUGGAGAACGUGCAACAUGACACCGAUGAUGAUGAGCUUGUGGAAGUUUGUGCAGGUGGUAAGAAGGGCAAGGCUGCACCAGAUGUCCCCCACCGGAGAAAGGUGAAGAAGAUUACCACACGCGUGACCAAGCAGAACCCCAGAGACCCACUCGAACGCAUACACUCAAAGCUGUCGAUAGGUGGUAACUCAGAUUCUCAUGAGGCGCGAGUUGACAAAACUGCUGCUGCACCGUCCACUAUUCCCACUAGCUCUGAUGCAAGCGGCCAACCAUCUCCGCCGGUUGCAGAUGUGCAGGCUACAACAACAGGCAUCCGCACAUCUGGAAGUGAUGAGUCCGUAUCUGCCAGGACUGCUGAGAUAUUGCCCACUCUGCUGGCAAUGAAGGAUGCUGCUGUGAGCCAUGCCACCCGAUCAGCAAGUGUUGAAGUGGAUGCCCCCGAGAUCAACCUAAGCAAGGAAGAUUCCCGCUCAUCCGAUACGGAUUCCAAGCGCGUUGCUAAGGCGACCGUUUCGCGAGAUGGUCUUCCACCUAGGCGUUGUAGCCCCCGCAAGCAAUCAGCAGACAUACCCAACGCACCAGUUGUAGCUAGGAGCAGCAGAGAUGACUCUGGUUACGUGCCUGUGUCCACACUGUUCCCACCACCUGCCAAAAGCAAUGUUAUGGAGAAAAUGGAAGACCGGAGUACAACUGACCCAGGUGGCAAGUCGGGCACGACUGAUGGAGGUGAACGUCCGAAGCAGACCGCGUCUUUACCCGCCGUGGAGAACUCCAACUUAAAUCUACGCACUUCUAAGCUCCCAGUCAACAUUGGUGUCCCCUACAGCCCAAACAAGAAGAUUGGCAAGAAAGUUGCGACUGAUACCGCUGACCACACGCCCCGCCCUACUAAUAAGCCUGACGAUUCUGCAGCAGACGAGGCCGAAAUGUUUGUUGAUCUUUCACCCCCAGAUUCUGCCCCGCAAGUUGUUCGUGGUCCGGCUAGUAGGCAGGAGAGGCACCCAAUGGCCUUCACCCCACCGACCUUUAGCCUUGGCAUCUGA